GCAUUUCUAAUGUGGACGCUGAAGAGACAAUUCCUUGUCCUUUUAAACGCGAUCCUAAUUUCCAGACUCCUGGGGGCUCGAUGGUUUCCUAAAACCCUGCCCUGUGAUGUCACACAGGAUGAUGCAAUGGCCCAGGUGAUUGUGGACUGCACAGACAAGCAUUUGACAGAAAUCCCUGGAGGCAUUCCCGCCAACGCCACCAACCUCACCCUCACCAUUAACCACAUACAGGGCAUCUCUCCGGCCUCCUUCCACAAGCUGGGCCAGCUGGUGGAGGUGGACUUCAGAUGCAACUGUGUACCUAUUCGCUUGGGGCCAAAAGACCACGUGUGCACCAGAAGGCUGCAGAUUCAACCUCAAAGCUUUAGUGGACUCAGUUAUUUAAAAUCCCUUUACCUGGAUGGAAACCAGCUUCUAGAAAUACCUCAGGGUCUUCCUCCCAGCCUACAGUUGCUGAGCCUUGAGGCUAAUAGUAUCUUUGUGAUCACAAAAGAGAAUCUCACAGAACUGGUCAACAUAGAGCAACUGUACCUGGGCCAAAACUGUUACUUUCGCAACCCUUGUAACGUUUCCUAUUUCAUCGACAACGAUGCUUUUCUAAAUAUGAGGCAGUUAAAAGUGCUCUCCCUAAAAGAUAACAAUAUCACAUUUGUCCCCAAGGUUUUGCCGUCUACUUUAACUGACCUCUAUCUUUACAACAACAUUAUUGCAUCUAUCCGAGAAGAUGAUUUUAGCAACCUCAACCACCUGCAAUUUCUUGACUUAAGUGGAAACUGCCCUCGUUGCUAUAACGCACCAUACCCUUGCACACCCUGUGAAGAUAAUUCUCCCCUAAAGAUCCACAGGAAUGCCUUUGAUGCACUGACGGAAUUACAAGUAUUACGUCUGCAUAGUAACUCUCUCCAGUAUGUGCCCCAAGACUGGUUUAAAAACCUUAAAAAACUGAAGGAACUAGAUCUAUCCCAAAAUUUCCUGGCCAAAGAAAUCGGAGAUGCCAAAUUUCUGCAUCUUCUUCACAACCUUGUCCAUUUGGAUCUGUCUUUCAAUUAUGAACUUCAGGUCUAUCAUUCAACUAUAAAUCUCUCUGAUGCGUUUUCUUCACUGAAAAAUCUGAAAGUUUUGCGGAUCAAAGGGUAUGUCUUUAAGGACCUGAACAGCCAUAACCUUUCCCCGUUAAGGCAUCUUUCCAAUCUUGAAGUUCUUGAUCUCGGCACUAACUUUAUCAAAAUUGCUGAUCUCAGCCUGUUUAACCAAUUUAAAACAUUGAAAGUCAUUGACCUUUCAAUGAACAAAAUAUCCCCUUCAGGAGAUUCAAGUGAAGCUGGCUUCUGCUCUAAUACCAGAACUUCUGUAGAAGGUGGUGGGGUUCAGGUCUUUGAAGCACUACAUUAUUUCAAGUAUGAUGAGUAUGCAAGGAGUUGCAGGUACAAAACCCAAAAGACUCCUUCUUUCUUACCUCUCGAUGGAGACUGUUACCUGUACGGGAAAACCUUGGAUUUAAGUAGAAAUAAUAUAUUUUUUAUCAAAUCCUCUGAUUUUAAGCAUCUUUCUUUCCUCAAAUGCUUAAACUUGUCGGGAAAUAGCAUUGGCCAAGCUCUUAAUGGCAGUGAAUUUCGGCCCUUAGCACAGUUGAAAUAUUUGGACUUCUCCAAUAACAAGCUUGAUUUACUCUACUCAACAGCAUUUGAGGAGCUACACAAUCUGGAAGUUCUAGAUAUAAGUAGCAACAGCCACUAUUUUCAGUUAGAAGGAAUUACUCACAUGCUAAACUUUACCAAGAACCUAAAGUUUCUGAAGAAACUGAUGAUGAACAACAACGGCAUCUCUACAUCCACCAGCAGGACCAUGGAGAGCAAAUCUCUUCGUGUUCUGGAGUUCAGAGGAAAUCACCUGGAUGUCUUAUGGAGAGAUGGUGAUAGUAGAUACUUAGGGUUCUUCAAGAAUCUGCUGACACUAGAGGAACUAGACAUCUCUGAAAAUUCCCUGAGCUUUUUGCCUCCUGGAGUUUUUGAUGGGAUGCCUCCAAAUCUAACAACUCUCUGCUUGGCCAAGAACAGGCUCAAGUCCUUCAACUGGGGAAGACUCCACUAUCUGAAGAAUCUAGAAACUUUGGACCUCAGUCAAAACCAGCUGAAGACUGUCCCUGAGAGAUUAUCCAACUGUUCCAUGAGCCUCAAGAAAUUAAUUCUUCGGAAAAAUCAAAUCAGAUAUCUAACAAAACAUUUUCUGCAAGAUGCUUUCCAGUUGCGGUAUCUGGAUCUCAGCUCAAAUAAAAUCCAGGUUAUCCAAAAGACCAGUUUUCCAGAAAGUGUCCUCAACAAUCUGGAGAUGUUGCUUUUGCAUCAUAAUCGGUUUCUGUGCACCUGUGAUGCCGUGUGGUUUGUCUGGUGGGUUAACCAUACGGAGGUGACUAUCCCUAACUUGGCCACGGAUGUGACUUGUGCAGGUCCUGGCGCACACAGGGGCCAGAGUGUGGUUUCUUUGGAUCUGUACACCUGUGAGUUAGAUCUCACUAACUUGAUUCUGUUCUCACUGUCCAUGUCAGCAGCUCUCUUUCUGAUGGUGGUGAUGACAGCCAACCACCUCUACUUCUGGGAUGUGUGGUACAGUUACCAUUUUUGUAAGGCCAAAAUAAAGGGCUACCAACGGGUAUUACUGGAUUCGUGCUAUGAUGCUUUCAUUGUGUAUGACACCAAAGACCCGUGGGUGACAGAGUGGGUUCUGGAUGAACUGGUGGCCAAACUGGAAGACCCAAGGGAGAAACAUUUUAAUCUAUGUCUCGAGGAAAGGGACUGGUUACCAGGGCAGCCAGUACUGGAAAACCUCACCCAGAGCAUACAGCUUAGCAAAAAGACGGUGUUUGUAAUGACGGACAAGUACGCCAGGUCUCAGAACUUUAAGAUCGCAUUCUACUUGUCCCAUCAGAGGCUCAUGGAUGAAAAAGUGGACGUCAUUAUCUUGAUCUUCCUCGAGAAGCCUUGUCAGAAGUCCAAGUUUCUCCAGCUCCGAAAGAGACUCUGUGGAAGUUCUGUCCUCGAGUGGCCAACAAACCCGCAGGCCCACCCGUACUUCUGGCAGUGUCUGAAAAAUGCCUUGGCCACAGACAGCCACGUGACGUACAGUCAGUUGUUCAAAGAAACAAUCUAGCCCUUCUU